GGGAGGGCGGGGGAGGCGGGAGGCGCGCGCUCGAGAACUGCGUGCUCGCGUACGUCGCCGGGGUUCGGCUGCGUCGGUCUUGCCGUCCGCCCGUUGCCGCCGUCGCUGCCGCCGCCGUCGCCGCGCUCUCGCUUCGCCGGCCGCCGCCUAAGGGGGUUGGGGCUGGGCCAAGCUACCGCCGCUGUUGCCGGGAUGCCGCGGGUGUACAUUGGCCGCCUGAGCUACCAGGCCCGGGAGCGCGAUGUGGAGCGCUUCUUUAAGGGCUACGGGAAGAUUCUGGAGGUGGAUCUGAAGAACGGAUAUGGGUUUGUGGAGUUUGAUGAUCUGCGUGAUGCAGAUGAUGCUGUUUAUGAACUAAAUGGCAAAGACCUUUGUGGUGAGCGAGUAAUUGUUGAGCAUGCCCGCGGCCCACGUCGAGACGGCAGUUACGGUUCUGGACGCAGUGGUUAUGGUUAUAGAAGAAGUGGCCGAGAUAAGUAUGGCCCUCCCACCCGCACAGAAUACAGACUUAUUGUGGAAAAUUUGUCAAGUCGGUGCAGCUGGCAAGACCUAAAGGACUACAUGCGCCAGGCGGGAGAAGUGACGUACGCAGACGCUCACAAGGGCCGCAAAAACGAAGGGGUGAUUGAAUUUGUGUCUUACUCCGAUAUGAAAAGAGCUUUGGAAAAAUUAGAUGGAACUGAAGUCAAUGGCAGGAAAAUCAGAUUAGUUGAAGACAAGCCUGGUUCCAGAAGGCGCCGGUCCUACUCCAGGAGCCGGAGCCACUCCAGGUCCCGCUCUCGCAGCAGACAUUCUCGUAAGAGCAGAAGCCGGAGUGGCAGCAGCAAAAGCAGUCAUUCUAAGAGUCGAUCUCGGUCCAGGUCGGGCUCCCAUUCCCGGAGCAAGAGCCGCAGCCGCAGCAAGAGUCGCAGCCGCAGCAAGAAAGAGAAAAGCCGCAGCCCCAGCAAGGAUGACAAGAGUCGCAGCCGCAGCCGCAGUGUGGACAAGCGCCGCAGCAAGAGUAAAGACCAAGUUGAAGAGAAGGUUCAGAACAACAACAACACCGGGAAGUCCAAGAGCAGGAGUCCCAGUCGACAUAAAAGCAAGAGUAAAAGCAGGAGUCGGAGUCAGGAGAGGAGAGCGGAGGAGGAGAAGCGGGGCAGCAGGAGCAGGAGCAAGAGCAAGAGCAAGGAGAAGAGCCGGAGUCAGGAGAAAGGCCUCCGCAAGAGCAGGAGCAGGAGCAAGGGAGGCAGCAGGAGCCGCAGCCGGAGUCGCAGCAAAAGCAAGGACAAGAGGAAGGGGCGGAAGAGAAGCCGGGAGGAGAGCCGCAGCCGCAGUCGGAGCCGCAGCCGCAGCAAGAGCAAGAGGAGCAGAAAGCACAGCAGCAAGCGAGACAGCAAGUCGGGCAGCAGCGAGAAGAAGAAGAAGGAAGACGCCGACCGCUCCCAGUCCAGAUCACGGUCCCGCUCGGGGUCGAAGGAGCGGGACCGUGCCAAGCCCGAGUCCGGCCAGAAGGAAGGCCGAGGGGAAGGUGAGGAUGCUGGCACCAAUCAGGAGACCCGGUCCCGGUCAAGGUCCAAUUCUAAAUCCAAACCAAACCUUCCAUCAGAAUCACGCUCCAGAUCAAAGUCGGCUUCAAAAACCCAGUCUCGGUCCAAGUCUAGAUCCAGGUCUGCGUCCAGAUCACCUUCCCAGUCUAGAUCCAGAUCCCACUCAAGGUCCUAACUGGCUACGACCACAGCUGGAACUACCCGAGAAGUUUUGUACAUGUUCGGUAGCCGUAGCACAAGUGGUUGAAGUAGAACAUAUGUCACUGCUGUACAUUUUUAACUCCCCCAAUGGUGUGUCUACAAUUGUUAAAUCUAAGUGCUUCCUCUCUGUAAAGCCUCCUGGCACCAGGCCUUCCUGCUCGACUGAAAACAAUCUUCUCUUUGAAAACCCCUUUUCCUCAUGGCCCACAGUAGAAUAUCCAAAAUGCCUUGGCUUUCAGGCCUGGCCUUUCUUACAGGGAGCUCAGUACCUGGAUGGGUUUAAGGCUGGAAUGAUGACAUAGGUAGGUAUGGUGAGUUCAACCAUUUUUGCCCCUGAAUUGAUGCCCUUUGAUGUACGCCAUUUAGUGAAAGUGCUAAGUCUUAAGUUUCCUACCACUUUGGUUUCAUAUUUUUGGACUUAACAAAGUUGUGAAUAGCACAGUCAAGGAAAAUUGAUACCUGCAGUAACCCAUAGGAAAUAAACUAUAGAGUUCCAUAUUCUGGUAUUGUGAUUAUAUUGUUUUAUAUUAAAAAAAGAAAAGAAAAGAAUUUUUUUUUAAUUUUAUUUUUCCCCGUCUUGCAAAGUAUAGUGACCCCUGUUUCCAUUAAAUUUGAAUAAAGACUAUUUUUGCUUG